AGGAGCUUAAUCCUCGUGGGACCCCACCCUAAGUUUUGGGCUUGAGAGAGGCAUUUCUAGUGCCAAAAGGUUAAAGUCAUGGGCGUUAUUUGAAUUCAGAGCGAAGCGGAUGUUCUAAACGUAUGGCUACUUUGCUCGGGCUAAAUCACUGUUUUCAGUGGAAAUAACAAAGCAAAAGCUCCAACAACUGCAGCUAUGGAAGAUCGUGGAAGCCCUCUUAAAAAUCAGCCGAAGUUUAUGGUUUAUGAAAACCCUGCUAUUGCCAAUGCAUUAUCUGCCACUAGUCUUCGACCAACAAGGGUUAACAUUGUCGCCAUUGUCAUCGCGUGUUUUGCUUCUUCACUCCUUACGCUUGGCUUUUAUAUCUGGGAAGAAGUGCUUAUUGAAGACAUAGAGUCUAUAGAUAUCUUCCAAUCUUUUGGUUAUGGCAUUGUGAAGACGGUAGAGCUUGCAGCAGGUGUGGCAUUCUUGUCAUCUAUGUCAGCUCUCCGUAAUGCCCUGUCAUUGCAAGGAUGGGCAGAUUCAACAGUUAGUGUUUUAAAAAGCCAUUCUCAAGAUUCACCAGCAAAAUCAAAAUCAAACCAAGUUACACCGCCAUCUGGUCUUACAGAACGUCAACAUGAACUCUUAGGGCUCAGGAAGCGAAAUGUGGAACAGGGAGACACAGAAUCAACUCCAGAUAUUGGUACUAGACAAAAGCCACCAAGAUCAAGACAAAAAUCUAAUUCAUCCCCUUCAAAUCUGUUAGCACCUGUUCAUAAAUCAUCUUCGAGAAGUUCUUGUGGAAUAGGACCUGGUCAAUCUCAGUGGACUGGAUUGGAGAGACGGGAUGUGGGCGUUGGCAAGGUUUUGUCUUUCACUUCUCCUUUAGCAAACAUAUCACCAGGAUCUCAAGGCACCUCAUAUCUGUCAGUAUCACCUAUUUCACAGGUAUCGGGUCAAAGAUCACCCUCGCGAGAUAAGCAUCUCACAACACCAUGGUCCAAACAGAGGUCUUCUCUUACAAAGGAUGAUAUACCCACAGAAGAAAAGCUUCAAGAGUUUUUGGCUGAUGUAGAAGAAAAAAUGACAGAUUUGGCAUCAAAGGUGACAGCACCUUCAAACCAGGCUCUUGUGACGCCACCACCAACCCUUCGUGGAGUGGGUGGUAGCUCCCCAGGUUCUGUCGCUUCAGGAUCUAUCUUGGGCACUCCAAGAACAACUCCCUUGCGGUCUGUCAGAAUGUCUCCAAGUUCACAAAAAUUUAGUUCGUCUCCAAAGAAGGGAGAGGGUGACCUUCCACCUCCAAUGUCAAUAGAACAAUCAAUAGAAGCCUUUCAAAAUUUGGGAGUAUAUCCUCAUAUUGAACAAUGGAGAGACCAGCUUCGGCAGUGGUUUUCUAAAGUUCUGCUAAAUCCUCUUGUUCAAAAAAUUGCUACCAGUCAUAUCCAGGUCAUGCAAGCAGCAGCAAAGCUUGGGAUUUCUAUCACUGUAACACAAGUAGGGAAUAACAUACCAGAUUCUGGAGUGUCUGCUGCAGCUUCAUCUGAUAAUACUGCUAAUGAAUGGCACACAACAUAUACUCUUGAUGAAGAUAGUAUCCUCCAUCAGUUACGAGCUACUCUCAUACAAGCACGGGAUGCACCUCCUACUCCCCAGCCAUCAUUACUAGGCCUUCAACCUCCACAAGAGAAACCUUUCAAUCCUGCUAUACAGGAAUGCUUGGAUGCUGUGAUAGAGCAUCAGAGGCUUCGUGCACUAAUGAAAGGAGAGUGGGUCAAGGGAUUGCUACCACAGAGUAGUGUUCGUGCUGAUUACACUGUUCAACGGAUCAGAGAACUCGCCGAAGGAACAUGUGUGAAGAAGUAUGAGUUUGCUGGAGGUGGGGAAGUCUAUGACAAAGUGCACAAUCGGUGGACUCUGGAGCUGCCUACAGAUUCACAUCUUCUACUUUAUCUUUUCUGUGCACUUCUUGAGCAUCCUCAGUGGAUGUUGCAUGUUGAUCCUGCUGCUUAUCCUAGUACACAUUCCAGUAACAAUCCCCUAUUUAUUGGUAAGUUACCUUCCAAGGAACGGUUCCCAGAAAAAUAUGCUGCUGUUCUAUCCACUGUCCCUAGUGUUAUGCAUCCUGGUGCUUGUGUACUCGUGCUGGGAAAGCAGAGUCCCCCAGUUUUUGCAAUAUAUUGGGACAAAAAGCUGCAGUUUUCCAUUCAGGGACGAACUGCUCUUUGGGAUGCAAUUUUGCUUCUUUGCCACAGAAUUAAGGUGGCCCAUGGAGGAAUGGUACAAGGAAUUAACCUUGGCUCCUCUGCUUUCAAUUUUCUAUCAGUUUUGGAGACUCAAUCACAAGGUUAUGUACCAUAGUGCACAUACUUUUUCUUCAUUUUCAAAGGCGUUAAUGCAUAUAAACACCCAUUUUUCAGCGCUUCAA